AUGUUCGCAUCCGUCUUUAGCCCCUGGGGCUCGACAGAUAUUUUCCACUGGACGACAAACUACGGCCGAGACGAGGAUUUGUUGCGCUUGGUGACACCGGGUUUCGGGGAUUGUCUUCAGUACAUUCAGUUUGUUGCGCUUACUGGUGGCUUGUCUAUUAACUAUCCCGGAUUCUACCAGCCAGUUGUAAGCCAGGUAGGCUGGUCGGCACUGAUGUUCAACGAAAGUUUCGUGAGCAAAUCGCCAGGCUGGCAGGCGAUCCAGGAUGGUAUCUAUGUGACGAAUGCCACAUAUGGACUUCACCGAUAUGCACAAAUGAUUGGUAUGUCCGAUGUCGAGGACAUCUGGGCCGGUACAAUGGUUUGGGUAUGCGUCAUUGUAGGAGCCCUUUUUGUUCUGAUUCAGCUUGGCUUCUUCUUCCGUUGGGUAUUUCGACUUAUCAGCAACACUCCCGAGGAGGAUCUCCGCGCCAAGAACAUUCCGUUCUCAGUCGGCAAUAUCGUCCGGGUCGUAUUCAACUACCUGCUACUACCAAUUGUCGCCCUCUCGACGUUCCAGCUCGUUGUCGCCGGCCAGUCCCAAGAAUUUGCCGUUGCGUUGGCUGUCAUCACUUUAAUCAUCUUGAUCUGCUUCGCCGCGUGGCUGCUGUACUUGAUUUUCAAGACCCGGCCGAGAGCAGUUCUGUUUGACGAUCUGCCUACGGUACUCCUUUACGGACCUCUCUACAACACAUACUCAGACGAAGCUGCGGCAUUUGCACUGAUACCGGUUAUUCUGACGUUCAUUCGUGGCAUCACUAUCGGGGCUGUGCAGCCAGUCGGCAUUGCGCAGAUCGUCAUUCUUGCUAUAUGCGAGGUCAUCUACAUUUUGACCCUCCACGCAUUUCGUCCUUUCCAAUCUCCAACAUCGAUGAAUGCAUACCACACCCUUUUCUCCGUUCUUCGUUUCGCUACCGUUAUGCUGAUGGUAGCGUUCGUUCCUCAAAUGGGGGUGACAGAAGGGCCAAAGGGGUGGAUUGGGUACACCAUCUUGCUCAUCCACGCGUGUGUUUUGGUUCUAGGAUUUAUGCUCAACGCCCUCCAGACAAUUAUCGAAGUCACCGCACGACUUCUUGGUGCUGGCGGUGAUGAUACCCGGGGUUUACAGCGAGGCGGCUUAUCCAAGAUUUUCGGGGAUGCGACUGCGGAUCUUGAGGCCCAGCUUUCAAGAGGACCUACACCGGCCCCUCAGGCUAUUAACUUGACGCCGAGGGCAGACUAUUCGACGAGGGAGGUCGACUUUUACUACGGCGUCAGAGGCCCGGCGCUGAAUUCGGAAGGGGUGGGCCGCAAGCUUGGAACCGGUCCAGCCGACCCUACUGGUCCGAUGUCCUCGGCUGCUGGGUGGUUCCGCAAUUUCUUUGGAGGCAAAACCAAGGAGAAGGGCAAAGGUUUUGAGGUCGUACGUAGCUCAAGGAUGCCACCUGCUAUGCGCGCAGCAGCCGAUGCAGAGUACGAGGCUGAACCUCCGCCGGAAGGUAUACCUGUGGCCAUGGGCGUCCUCAGGAACGGGCCGAUCGAGUCAGAUGACGACGAACCCAAGAACAAGGCGACUCAGAAGCAUGCCGAUAACGUGGAGAAUGCCGAAAAUUCGGACAACCUACUCAACGAUGAUGGGGUUUCAGUUGUGUCAUCGGACUCGGAAAUCGAGACGAAAAAGCUCGAAAAGGGAUUCGGCCGUGCUCCGUGGACACUCACCCACGCCAUCGUUCAACCUGAUCCCGCCAACGUCACCCACGGGGCCUCUAUCAGGUCCGUCUGA